AUGGCUCCCGAGAAGUACGCAGUCUUCUUCCCCGAACAAGACGGUUAUCUCUUCUGUGGUUCGCUCGGCGCAGGCGCCGAGGGAGUUACCUCCAUCGUUCGCUCCAUUGUCAACAACCAGGAUUAUGUGAGGAAGAAGACAAAGGCCACCUCUGCAACGUCAAGCCAUAAAGCCGGCCUAUAUUGUGCCGAAGUCAGCCUCUAUCGCCCACAUCCUCGAAUCCCGACCCUCGUGCAUUCUCAAGAUUUCCAGGUGCUCCCUCAAGGCCACCCACGUGCAGAGGAGUUCAGGGCGACUUCAAUGCUCUUCUCGUACUGCAACGGCGGGACACUCGAGCGGUUCAUCAGAGUCCUCGAGCGCGAGCGCAUCCUGGCUCCCGAAGUGCUUGUCUGGCACCUUCUUGACAAUUUGUUGGAAGCAAUCGAACACCUCCAUUGCAACGCCUCCAUCUCCCAUGGAGACCUGAAAGAGAGCAACAUCUACCUGCAUUUCCCGACCCCGGAGAGCAGGCUCCCGGACUUUUACAUCGGAGACCUUGGCUUAGCCAGACCGAUCGAUCAGAGCGUCUGGGAAGUGCCUGGAAAUCCGCCCGCACGGAAACUGAGAGAUGUUAAAGUUGUCAAGGAGGAAGACGAACAGGCCCAGCGAGAGUACCAGACCAGGAGGCAAAUGGACGUUGCUCAAGAACAACCACCACCGCCAUCGCGCACGCAGCAGAUUGAAGCAAUGAUCAACGACCUCAGGGGCAUCCACACCUGCCUGUCGAAAGUCCUGGAAGGCCGUGGCCAGCCUGAUCAAAACAAAACAUUCGCACCAUUCAGAGACUGGAACUGCGUGCUCAACAUCAUGAAUACCAACCCGGAGGAUUACAAUGCCUUUGUGGGCUUCCGUCAAGCUGUCAGGGUCCUUGCUCAGCACGCUCGAGACACAACGGGCGGCUCCCUGCCGGAAUUCCAGUGGACUCGACUGCACCGGUACAGAGACGACCUAGCGCCAGGGAUGCUGACUCCUAGCUACUCCUGGAAGAGGUACAACCACCAUCUGGCCAACCAUCCCUGGUUGAAAAGCCGCCUUCCCACGGAGUGGCAGCACAAGCCACUACCAGAAAUACAACUCUACAAGUCCCGUUACGAGUUGUUGAGCUUGUGCGCCAAGGUCCCAGGUCCAUGGAAGAUCGCGCGAGUCGAUCCAACCACGCUGAGGGUCCUGGCGGUCGAAGAGCUCAGCUUCAGCCUGCAUGUCCCCUCGAUCAAGGAUAAUUGCCCGCUGACGCCUAGCGGUCGUGCAUUCAAUCACGACGACCACCCCAUGGUCAAUCAACUAGUUACUACAGAGGUCGACCGCCUUGGUAUGGCCAACAUUGUCUCGGCUGCCAUGGGAAGUGGCCACGCAUACAACCAAGUCCGGUUCUGGGACGUUGACCCAGAGUGGAACGGAGAGAGACUUUCGACGCAGGGUCAGCUGACGCUGCGAGCAACGUAUCUGCCGCCGCCGGAGCCGCCAUUGCCAGCUCCAGAGAUGCCGCCUCCAGCUCCGCAGGCAGGCCCGUCAGCACCGCAAAGAACGUCGCCGACAUCCUCUAGAGAGGCAUUGGCCACAGAAGAGGCCUCCACAGCGGCCCAAUCCCCGCCAGAGACACAACAGGCCGCCACGGCUUUGUACCCGGAUUCUCCAGCGGCGCAGCAGACGUCUCCUUCCCCUCCGCCUCCACUUCCACCUCAGUCACAAACUCCUCUUGCCGCUGAAGAUGACUCCUCAGCUCCGCAACAGGGCUCUCCAGUUGCGCAACAGAAUUCUCCAACCCCUCGCCCCCAGACCCCUCUCGUUGCAGAACCGGCUGCCGCGGAGGCUGCAGCAGCCCCAGAGGCCGACGCUCAAGAAGAAGAGCAAGCCAACAGAGUCGUCAAGAAGACGAAGAAGGGUGGGAGGAAGGGGCAAAAGGGCAGAGCGAGAGGCGCUGCUGGUGGUGGUGGUGGUGGUGGUGGUGCGAGAAACCCUCCAGCACGAAAUCAUCCUGCCACGAGACCAACGCGUGCAGCACAGACGGCCCCGCCAAGCAGAGUCACAACUCGAAGCAUGGCGCGCAAAGCGGCGGAGGAAAAGAUCAUCUGGACCAGAAGCAGGACCAGGGCCGCGGCAGCAGCAGCACAGAGGCGGUGA